CUCUGGUUUAUGGAUUUAGAAAGACAUAAAACAGAAAUCCCCUCAAACAAGACUUUAAGAAAGAAGAUUAUGGAGACAUUAAGAUGACACUUUCACUAAUUGAGGCAAACAUCGGGAUUCAAUUUAAUAAACAGAGCAUUCAAUGCUGGCAAGUCGCUGAAUAGUCAGUAUGCAGAAUUAAUGGAGAUUUCAUUGAAUGCACCUGGAACGCAGUCUAUGAAUUUUACCUUUAUUCCAACACUUGGCACACUUCCCUCCGAAGUACUAGUUGGAAAAGACCACAAUUACAAGCCGAAAGUUGUCAGCUGUAGAAGAGAAGAAAUUUCAGCAAAGCCUGAAGGAGCUUCUGUAACAGAGAAAAACAAAAAUGCAACCGGUGGCAGAAUCUCAGAUUCGUAUCACACAUCCAGCAUUGAACAGAAUUUUCCAGGACAAAGGGUAUCCGCAGGUCAAGCACAAGAUAUGCAGCAAAAUGAUCUAUUCAUAGCAGAAUUUGUCCUUGUUAUGGACUCUGAUGAAGGUGAAGAUGAAGUGAUGAACAAAAGCAAAAAAGCCUUUACUUUGGAAGAAGCAAAUUAUAAAAUCAGUGGAGCACAACUGCGAGUUGUAGAAAAGCCUACAGCAUCUCUAUCCGAAGUGACUGUUAAUGAGAUAUGCAUCCCUGAAGCAAAACCAAAUGACUUAUCGCGAGAUGUAAACUGCAAAGAAAAAGAACUGGAGCUUCACUCUACUGUACCUUCUACUGGCUCUGUAGCAAAUAAACCUCAACUUGCAAAUUCAUAUUCAACUAAUCCAAGAUUAAAUCAUAAAAAGCCACUCAUACACUGUAUUUCUGAAAGCCGAGAGUUUUUGUUUAGCUCUGCUCCAUACAAUAUUUGUGAUGAACAGACUUUAGAAGAACAUACAUCUACUCCUAAUAAACCCUUUUCAUCACAUGUAUCUAAAUUAUGUACUACUCCAGUAAAUACGCAGCAUACAUUAAUACAUGGAAUAGAUGAAACCUUUAUGAAAGCUUCACAAUUUUCAAAUGAACUAGAAAUGCAAGAUACAGUUGUUAUAGAUUAUUCUACUGCUUCUUGUGAAAUGAGAAACAUUCCAUCCCCUUUCCAGAUAAAUGUUAUUAGAUAUCCUCUUUGUGCUAGCCCUAGCCCACUCCAGUCACCAUAUCAUGGCUCAUCUUCAACAAUAUGUAGCAUGGGUGAAUCUGGCAAUCCCAUCUCACCUGCCUCCAGCUGUGAAGCAAUAUCUCCAGUUUCAUCACAUCUUUCUUUUUUAACAUCAGUACUGAGAUCCAAAAAGACAAGCUAUGAAAGACCCCAUUCUCUUAAUUCGAGCCAAUUUAAUAUAACUUCUCAGCCUACAGCAAUUACUAGAAAGGCAGUUUCCUGUUUCUCUCUCAGUAGCCAACAAGAAUCCAAAAGAAAAGACAUUCAUAGGCAAGCUAAAGCAAUGCCCUCUGUUUCAGAAUCAAAUAUUUUGCAGACUAAAGGUUCUUUCCAUCAAAGGUCCAUUAGGACUCUUUCUCCUGAUUCUGAAUAUUAUACAAGUGUUCUAAAUUCUCCUAGAACAGACAUGUCCUCAUUUCCACCUUACUGCUUCAAAGAAAAUAGUUCACCAACUAAAGUAAAACCCAAUUUAAAUAAACCCUUUAAAAGGUAUCCUCUUCCUGCAAAAUAUAGAAAAGUUGCAUCAUUACCUUUAAAUUUGUCACAUUCUAGUCCCCAUCUUACUAGUCAAAAACGAGCAACAUCACCACAUGCACAGAGUUCUACAAGGUCUUUUGGUGACAAUAGACCAACAAACUACACACCAGCCAAAUUUUCAAAUUUAAAUUACCCAGAUGCACACUAUCUGCUACAUUCUAUGCCUCUCCCUUCAAAUACAGAAUUGCAGACCAUAUCUCAAUUGAAUACCAGACGUAUUCAGAUAUCCCCAAAUGAAAACAAACAAAUAGUCCCAUCCAUUUCUUUAUCACUGCAUCCAAAUGAGAAAUGUCAGCCCAACACAUUUGGCCUUGAGGAAUUAUCAAGGGAACAUGAGCCAAUAACUACAUCACUUGAUAGAAAUCUGUCAUCUCCAAAGUCAUCUUUGUCAAGAUCAAGUGAAUUGCUAUCAUUAUCACAGUGUUCUGACCAUGAAAAUAAAAAGCUAUACAGGAUCAAGCCAAACUAUAAAGUUUUUGCUGCAAUUCCUACAAACAAAUUGCUUCUGGAUCAAAAGGCGCUUGAUGAACCUGAAAUGAAUGAAGAAACGUCUAUGUUUGUUGAAGCAACAGAAACACAGCCAGAGGUGUAUUCUCCGGCUCUGCUAAGGCAACAGACAGAAGAAGUUUGUGCUGUGAUUGAUGAAGUCUUACAUGAAUCUCUUCCCUUGCACUGUGACUCAUCAAGGCCUGGAAAAAAAGGAUGGGAUUCCAAGUGUUUCAAUCAAAGUUCUCAGAAGCCAAAGUCUUCAUCAGGAUCUGCUGGAAGAGAAACAAAAUACGCUUCCCUUCAGUCACAGACAAAUGCAGUCACUGACUGUCAACAAACCAGGCCUGGGGUGAUCAGGCCACUUGCAGCAAAAGUGACUUAUACUGAGAAGAAAGAUGAUGAUUGCAGUUCAAAUCCAUUCUCACAUUUCACUUCCUCCAGAAAAGAACUUAAUGAUGCAAGAAUCAAGAAGAGGACACAUCAAAAUACAGAUUUAUAGUUUCCCUAUAAAUAUUGUUUCCAUUAAGAAAUGCUUUCCUAUUACAAGAAAUACAAUGUACUAAAGAUUAGUCUAUUCUAACUUAUAUAAUUAUUGCCAAGGAACUGUACAUAGUAUCGAAAUGAUAUUUCCUGCCAUAAUUGUUUUUUAAGGAGUUUAGAUCCUUUGUAUUAAGGACAUGAUGGAUAGUGCCUGCACAUUUUGGAAAAUUGUUUUUAACUAAAAUUUGUAAUAUCUGUAGAACUUCAGAUAAUCCCAUUAAAGACCAUCAGUGUUCUAAUAUAGUAAUUAAUUAUACAUAAAUGAUCUUUAAAUGGUAGGAUGUCUUACUAUUUUUAUUAUUAGAGUUUCAGUACAAUUUCACAUGUCCUGUCCUGUUCUAAUACAUUUUAUUGUGAAUUAAUAGCUUUAUCUCUUGUACUAUUUCAGCAAAGGGGAGACGGCUAAUUAACCUGAGAACCAGUAAGAGCUGAAGUGUGCUCAACUGAUGGUGAUCAGUCUUUGAGAUUGGCUACUAAAUGAGCCCAUCAGAGUUAAAACGAAGUUCAUUACAAAAUGUUUAAAAAUAUCACCUAAUGUGCAAGACAAAUUAGACAUACAGUAUAUGGUGGUUGGAUGUCAAUGAUGGGAAUUAUAGCUGAGCAACAAGUGGGAAUUAUUUUAAUUUAGGAAACACUACCAUAAGGUAUAAUUUUCUUCCUUUGUUUAAAACUGUAUUAUUUAACUGCUUCUUACUUGGUUGUCUGUAUCUGCCAUAAAAUUACUUUGUUGUGUAACAGAGAACAGUAUUUUGGUUGAUAUGCAGAACAAUAUACAGUGUGUAAGUGUUACAACUAUUUUUAAUUAAAUGGACAUGCAUAAUACCA